AAUGGGAGUUGAUCUUGAAAACAAGGAAAACGAGAGGAUUUCUCAAUCAAAUUGCGCUCGAUGUGAAUCGAAAUGUGAAUCAAAGAACAUCGAAGAACUGGUGUUGCACGCAAAUUCACACAUUCAAUUCAAAUGGUAUUGCUGUUCAAAGUGCGACUACGAAAAUCUUCAAAAGCAUCAAAUUGAGAGCCAUAUCAAAUCGAAACACGACGGUGAUGCGGUGCUUGAGGAUAAGAUCUCGGUCGCAAUGAUUGAUGAACUCAUAGCAAUCACAAAGGAAUGUUUUGCCGAUAUUGAUGAACAAUUGCUGAAAGGUUGGAUGGAGAAGAACUUGCAGCAGCUGAAGGCAAAAAAUGAUGAGAAAAAUGAUGAUCAGGUGAUGCAAAAAACGGAGACACCAUCUGGAGACAGUGGUUUGGAUGAAGAGUCACUUUCUGACGUGGAGGAUCGAAGCAUUGACGAUGAUGAGCCACCAAAGAAGAAAGUGAAGAGCAUCUUGAAACAGGUCUCUUUUAAUUCAAAAGAGCCAGCCGAAGAGAAACAAUUUGAGAAACAAGAGGAUGAAGAUGCAAAAGUGAAGAUGAUGUGCUUGGAGAAGAAUUGCGGCAAAUCGCUAAUGAUCUACAACGAGAAGGGUUCAUUUUUCUUCAAGACUUUGAUCACACACAUCGCAACUCACAUCGUCAGCAAGCGAUGGAGGUGCUCAAAUUGUCCAUUCAAUACGCUUAUUAGGGGAAAUUUCAACUCACACAACAGAAACGAGCAUGAUAUGCAAGCGGAACUCGUCGAGAAUUUAAACACUUACCACACGCAAGAGCUUCUCGAGAAAGGCAUUGAGUGUUUUCCGUCAUUUGAGAAUGAAAUCCGCCAACAUUGUGAUGAACUCAAAAAAGAUGCUCUUGAGAAGUCAAUGAAGAAAAAGCAAGAGGACUUCGAGACACCAAAAAUGAAUGGCAAGAAACGCGGAAAAGCCACAACUCCACAAAGUGACACUCGAGCACAGAAGAGCACUGCCGAAGUGAAAAGGAUCGGGCGUGGAAGGCCGCCAGGAAAACAAAACAUCAAUCGAAAACGCUCCAAAUCAGCCAUAGCUGCGCCGUCGACUGUGAAGAAGAGAGAAGUAAACUCUGCUCUUGUUCGACUCGUCUAUUCCCCUCCAGUGCAAGUCGAUGAUCAAGAAAUGGUGUCAACAGAGGAGAAGUUUCUCAAAGCGAAAGAAGCUCAUGAGCCAAAGACACCGACCGCUUCGCCAACAAAAGCACUUGAAGAGGUCACGCAAGAAACGCCAAAUGCUGCUGAAGAAAAUGACGUCUUUGCAACACCAGUGGGCAACGGAAGAGGAAGAGGCGGCAAAAAGAAGUCGAUCGAUUUUGAUGUCUACAAAACGCCAGCUGCUGUCAUUGAAGAAAAGGAAAAGAUCACCAAAAUGCGGUCCAAGCUUCCCUCAUCUCCAGCUGGGAUUUCUCGGUGUCAGUGUUGUAAUGAGACCGUGUCUUUACGUGGCGGCAACAUUCAACAAUGCAAUUACGCCACCGAUCACGCACUCACACAUCUUGACAAGAUUCGCUAUAAGUGUGGACAAUGCGAGAAACCGAUGCCGAGACGGACGAGCGUUACAAAUCACGGAAAAAGUUGUCACAAGGCUUUUGUUGUCGAUGAAUUGACUAAAGAAUUACUUCAUGAAAUGACUGAUGAGGCCCGAAAAUCGUUCCCAUCGUUGGUGAAUUUGCUGGAUGAAUGGGAACAGCUAAUGGAGGAGAAACUUGAUGAAAAGGAGAAGAAAAAUAAGGAAGAUGAUGGUGCUGUCGAAACUCCAGUGCAAUUUUUGAAUGAGGAAACAGCACCAAUUCUGGAAUCCGUCAUAACCAAUCCACAAGAGUCAACUAGUGUUGAACCACAAAAGGACCCCGAUGAUGAGCCUGAGAUUCUUUCCAACACCCAAGAAUCAACCGAAUCAAUGGCUCAAUCAUCGCCACAAGCGGCUGAUGAGGUGGAAGAAGAUCUGCUAAAGGCUCCCGAAUACCCAUCGACAUCCACACUCGCAAAAGAGCCACUUGCCUUGAUUUUUACAACACCGGUCGGGAAAAGAGAUUAUCGAACGAGCCCACAUCCUUCUGCCAGACUUUUUGCACCAUUUGGACCUGACUUGCAAAUCAGCGAUAAAGACGUCGAGGUUGAGUAUUUGAAGAAGCAACUCCAAGAUAAGGAAAUGUCUCUACGAGUUGUUGAAAGACAGACGAUCGAUUUAAAGCUCAAGCUUGAUGAACUCACUGAGAACUCCGCACAAAGCUUCGACCAUCAGCUUCGAGAAAAAGAGGAAAGCAUCCAGAAGCUCCAAGACGAUUUGAAUGAGAAGAGAACUGCCGUGACAGAAUUGAAGGAGGAUCUCAAGAAAGCAAUUGAACAGAAGAAAGCCCAAAAGUCGCACUUCAAUGAGAAAUUGAAAGAAGCAAAUGAAAAGAGUGACGAGUUCCAAAGAAAUGUCGACCUACUGCAAAAUAAAAAUCGACUUUUGAUGCAAGAAUGUGAAGAGAGAGAUAAAAACAAGAAGUUGACUGAAGAACAAUUCCAACAACAACUUCAAGAAGCGAAAAUUCGGAUGGUGGAAAUGGAAAAGGAGGCACGAGAAGCGAAGGAAAACUCUCAAAAGUGGAAAGAGCAAGUGGAGACGAUGAAUGAAGCCAUUGACAACUACAAAAGAAGUUCCGAAGAAAGUCUGAAGAGAAAUGAAGAGCUCAGUGCUGCAAUCGAGAAGGUGCGCUCGUCAAAUGGUGCAAUUGAACUGAUGAGAUUGGAAAAGCAGCGACUCGAGAACGAGCUCAAAGAAGAACGAAACGAGAAAGUGAAAUUGCUUACUCGAUUCGGCACUGUGAACAAUCAAUUAUUCGAGGCGAAAGAAGAGAUUGCCGCUCUCAAUGAAUCAUUGGCUCAACGAAGU